CUCUUGACUCUCCGACCAUCGAGAUAUCGGCGAGACAGAAAAAACAAGGAGGAAUACUGUGUGUGAUAGACGAACCGUUUAAUUGCGAAAGUGAAAAUCAUUAUGAGGUUGUUUAGAUGUUUGGUGCCGGUGGUGGUGCUGCUGUUGAUUAAAAACGUCUCCGCGAGACCUGGUGUAUUAGGCGAUUUAAUCCAUGGCAGCAACGUCGGCCGUUUACUGGAUCCGUUAGGAGUCUUCAGGCCUAAAGGUAGCAAUGCUCAGGCUAGCAGCAACGCUCAGUCAUUGGGAGGAAACCUGAAUAUCGGGCCUAUCGGGAUUGGCGGUGGAUUCUCCUCGGCCUCGUCAUCGGCAUCGGCGAACAGCGCCGGUGGCUCAGCUUCGGCUUCAGCAAAAGCAGAUGCUCAAGCUCACGGAUACGGUGGUGCGAACGCGAACGCGAAUGCGCAAGCAUCUGCCAAUGCUAAUGCACAAGGUUCUUCGGGAAACCCCGGGGGGUAUUUUGGCAAUGGCGGGAACGGCGGUUAUUAUCCUGGCGUUUCUCAUCAACAAGUCAAUCAACCGAAUUACGGAAGUUACGGUGGCUCUCAGUCCAGUGCUAACGCUAACGCAAACGCGAAUGCCAAUGCCAUCGCCAACGGCAAUGGCGGAGGGCAUCCGGUUGGUCCCUCUUAUUAUCCUUCUAGACCUCAGGGUAUUGGCAACGCUAACGCUAAUGCGAACGCGCAUGCGAACGUCUUAGGUAGUGGCGUUGUAAAUGUGAUCCCCAACAAAUAUCCUGGCGGAGAAAUAGAUAGAAUAGAAGUCAUUGCCGUAGACACGCUACCGCUCUCUCAAUCUACCCCGUCUGCAAUCCAUCCGAUACCCCACCGACUACUUUCUGGACCCCAGACUUUCGGCAACGCUAACGCUAACGCGAACGCGGGUGCGAACGUCAUAGGUAGUGGCGGCGUAAAUGUGAUCCCCAACAAAUAUCCUGGCAGAGAAAUAGAUAAAAUAGAAGUCAUUCCCGUAAACACGCUGCCGAUCUCUCAACCAACCCCGUCUGUAAUCCAUUCGAUACCCCACCGGCCACCUAGUAAAGAAGAUGUGAUUGUCGUUGUCGAGGAAACCCCGCAAUAUCCGCCGUAUUAUCGUCCGAGCCUUCCCCAUCACCACCAACACCGUCGACCGCAUUAUGGCGGUAAACCGAAGCAACAGCCCAUCGAGAUAAUCAUCAUCGAGGAAUCGGGGCCUAAUCCAGCUAAUGGCUAUGGACAUGGCGGCGUUCAAGAGACUCCUGGAUAUAAAGGCCAUCUUUUUGGGGGAUCAAACGCUAACACUAACGCCAAUGCUAAUGCUAACGCUCAGGCAGGUGCGGGCGGACACAGCGGAGGUGUUCUGGGAGGAUACGGUAAUGGUGGAUACGGUGGAUAUCAACAAGGAGGUAGUUACCCAGCAGAAUCAGGGCACGAAGAGCCGUUUGAUGGCUCCAAGAAUAUUUUUCUGAAUCCCGGCACGCCACUUUCCAGUGGCAAUGUCGGUGCCAAUGCCAAUGCCAAUGCCAAUGCUAAUGCUAAUGCUGAAGCUGCUGGAGAACAACCGAUAGGCGCGAAUAAUUUAUUUCUUAAUGGCGGGUCCCACAAUGGCGGAGGAGGCGCAACUUAUCCAGGAAGUCAAAACAUUUUGGGCCAGAAACAAAACAUUCCGAAUACAUAUCCAGGACAAUCAUCCGGAGUAGGAUUCCCGGGCCCGCUCGGAGCCAAUGCUGGCGCCAACGCCAAUGCCAAUGCCGGCGCUGGAACCGGUGGUGUCGGAGGAGGAUACGGACCGAUAAAAGAACAUCCGAUAGGCUCCGGCGGACAUGGCGGUUCUUCAGGAAUGGUUCUUGGUGGUUAUGAAGGUCACGGAACCGGUCCGAGCUUCGGUGGAUACGGAGGACAAGGUGGUUCGUCUAGUGCUAAUUCUAACGCCAAUGCUAACGCCGGUGGUCAUGGAACUAUUCUCGGAGGAUCCGGCGGUCAUGGACCCGUUCUCGGAGGAUCUGGAGGCCACGGAGGAUUCGGCGGAGAAUCUGGAGGUCACGGAGAAUUCAACGGGGGAUCUGGAAAUCACGGGGAAUACGGCGGAGGAUCUUUCGGUGGUCAAGGUGGUGGACUUGGAAACGUUGGUGGAAACAUUCACGGCGGACAUGCUGGAGGUUCUUCUGGUGCCAACGCUAAUGCUAAUGCCAAUGCCGGAGCCGGCGGCGGUCAUGGAACUAUUCUAGGAGGAUCUGGAGGCCACGGAGGAUUCGGCGGAGAAUCCGGAGGUCACGGAGGAUUCAACGGAGGAUCCGGAGGUCACGGAGGACUCGGCGGAGGCUCUUUUGGUGGUCAAGGCGGCGGUGGAUUUGGAAACGGUGGUACAAACAUUCCCAGCGGACAUGCUGGAGGUUCUUCCGGCGCCAACGCUAACGCCAACGCUAACGCCAACGCUAACGGCAAUGCCGGAGCCGCCGGCGGUCAUGGAACUAUUCUCGGAGGAUCUGGAGGUCACGAGGGAUUCGGCGGAGGCUCGCCCAGUGGUCACGGUGGAUGUAUACAAUGUGGUUCUCUAAUCGUCGGUGAAUAUGGCGGAGGUUCUUCCAAUGCUAAUGCCAAUAGUAAUGCCAAUGCUCAAGCUGGAAAUUCCGGUGGUGUCCUUGGUGGAUACGGAAACGGCAUUAAAGGAACAGGACAUGCCGGAGAAUAUGGUGGUCAAGGCGGAUACGGCGGAUCAGUCGGAGGAGGCUCAAACGCCAAUGCUCAGGCGUCCUCCAACGCGAUCGCGUCCGGCGGUGGAUCGGCAUCAGCGGACAGCAAAUCGUCGGCCUUCACCGAUGGAUCGGGAUCCGCGAAAGCCGACGCAUCCAGCAACGCGUCUUCAUUGAACGGUGAUUCAAAAAGUUCGGCUUCAAGUCACGCGUCGGCAUCAGCUGACACCAGGGACAUGCUGAUCUUCAGUUAAACAUUGUGAUACGACGAAGCAGACCGAUGAGGAAACGAGGAGACACUCGUUUGCUUGGCCAUAAGAGCGACGUAAUACUCCGAUUUAUAUUUAAAUGUUUCACGAAGAAACGUAACCAGUGCGAAUAUAUGACAUUGCCCAAUUUCUGACGAGAAUUUUAAAUUAAUUUAAAAAAAAUUAUAUAAGUAUAUAUCAUAACAACUGCCUAUUGAUACGUUUAAAUUUAUAAUCACGAGUUAUAAAUUUUAACGUAUUCUUAAAAAUUAUGUAUUGUAUAUUAGAGCUCUUCUCAGAAUCGAAAUUAGUUCGACUUUGAAAAUGGAUAAACAAUCUUGUGCAUUUAUUAGAAAAUGUGUAAGGGCAAGUAUUCGUAUUGCAAAUCGCUUAUUGGAGGCAGAUCGAACAUUAUUUCGCUCGAUACGAUGAAAUGCGUAAGAUUAAAAUUACAAUACAUUAGAAUUUAAGACAAUAGAUUUUUGGCUAAACACGGAACUGUAAUCUAUAGACGAAUCCGUUUUUAGAUUAAUAAUGACGUAUCUGCCUCAGAUUAAAUUACUUUUAUACUUAUCCGAGAUAUUCUGUGAUCGGAAUGAUUUUAAUACACAUAUAUACAAUAUAUUUAGACACUUAAAGCAACUUAAUUUAAUACUCUCUUUAUAUUUAUAAGCGUACUUAAAUUAUAUAUAAUUAGCUGCGUGUAGAUCGCUUCCUUUGAACUCUGGAUCUGUGAUUUACAUAAAACGUGCCAAUGAAAUAUAUAAUAAUAAAGAUAUUAUUAAAGUUUUUGCAAA